GAAAAAGUUUGAGAAGAAAUCUAAAAGAAAGACUGCAAGAAAAAACGUUUCUAGUAAUUCCGAAUCUGACGAAGACUUAAAACAGUUGCGUAAAAGGGCGAAGCGAGGCUUUCUAAAACCGAAAGUGGACUGAGCUUAAACAGCUCGCUGACGUGCAACACUAUGGCAACGGAUCCAAAAAGUUUGGCUAACUUGUAUCAAGAUCAAGACGACGUGGCGAAGCAUUUCGCGCGAGUUAUCUACAAUAUUAUCAUGAACUCGAAAGAGUUCAACGUAAAGGAUUUCGGGGAGUACGAUUUACAUUUGUGCGAGGCAUUCUGCUUGUUGUGGCAAAACGCGGAGACAGGCGAAGUGAACGGAAGGAAGUUGGGGCUGCCGUUGAAAAUAAGCGUUUUCGCUGCUGUGUUUAUCGACUUGUACGCUGCUAAGCGUAUUGAGUUUUACAAGGUGUCCGAGUUUGACGAACCUGGUUUUCGAAUUAUCAACAAGGACUUGAUAAAUACCUUUCUGGACAUUGCGAUUUUUGACUCACUUCGUACUGCGAAUAAGCAUGGUAAACUUCGCGACGCGAAACUGUGGAAGUGGUUGCAAUUGGCUGAGGAAAAAGAAUCCGUGGAAUGUACGUUCGACAGUCUGGUUGCACGUGGCAUUCUUUCCGAAAAGAAAAGCGGUAUUCUCGGGAUAUUCAAACGAUUCCCGACUUUAGAUCCAGAGCCGGAGAAAAACCUAGAGGAAAAGAUAAAAAACAUAGCAUUCAAGAGAUUGAAACCCGACUCUUUUAUGAUGUCUUUACUAGUGUUGUCCAGAGAAUCUGAUCGAAUUUUUAUGUGCAAAGACCCGAUUUUACGCAAACAUUUUACGUCCUCGGAGUAUGCAGAUGCUAAGAAAAACUUGGAUAGAACUUUGCUUGAAUUUUUAGACAUUCAUUAAACACAUUUCGUGUGUAUAAGACAUCUGGUAACUCGAACCUUGAAUUAGCAACGAAUGGUCAAGUUAAACUAAUUUAGAAAUAAAAUAAGACAUAAUUCCCAAAAAUGGAGAAGUAACAUAAAUUCCCUUAGUCCUUUAAGUUUUUAUUUUUGCCAGAAAUUUAGCUAAUAUGAUCAGAAAAUAGUUCCGGAUAACCAAAGUUUGAGUUAUUCCAUUUUAAAGUUGACGCGUGUGUCUUUAUAAGGAAGUAUUAACGAAGAGACUUAGAAAAACGAUUUAGGAUAUUAAAAUUUCGAGUUAUCCAGUGUUUGAGUAGGCUGCAGGUUAUUGUAAAAUAAAGAGGGCUACGUUCGCUUAAUCUUGUUUCUCUAAACUGCUUUUAAAACAGCGUGUAUUAUGUGGAGUUGAAACUGGUAAUUUUUUUUAGAAUGUACCCAACUGAUAUCGUUUUACAGUGCAAGUGUUAUAUUACAUAUCACAUGUAUACUAUUUUUAUUUGUAAAUAACAAAACUUUAAAUUGUGUUGAAGAAACGUGUUUUGUGCGAAGAA